AUGCGUUCUUCCUUUCUUGGUUUCAUCGCCCUUCAGGCAGCUUCUGCUGUGCUCGGCAACCCGGUGCCAGCAAGUGAGAACGAACAGCUUGCCGCACUCGCUCAAUCUGCCUUUGACAAGACCGAAUCUGAGAUUGAAGGUGGCGAGGUUCAGAGGCGAGGGGGCACUUGUUCCUGGUACAAUGUCAAAGUCAGGCGCGAGUGGGGAACGCUGAGCCGACAGGAGAGACUUGACUACAUUAACGCUGUCAAGUGUCUGCAGUCCAAGCCUGCCCUGACGCCUUCUUCUGUGGCUGCAGGAGCAAAAACUCGUUUUGACGAUUUCGUCGCAACUCACAUCAACCAGACCCUGACCAUUCACUACACGGCCAACUUUCUCUCUUGGCACAGGUACUUUACUUGGCAAUAUGAAGAAGCGCUGAGAAACGAGUGCGGCUACAAGGGCACUCAGCCGUACUGGGACUGGACGAAAACCGCCGUCACGGGCAUGGAGAAGUCUCCCAUCUUCGAUGGAAGUGAGACGUCAAUGUCUGGAAAUGGUGAAUUCAUUCCUGACCGGGAAGACAUCAUCUUGACAGGUCAGAACGACCUGCCUCCCAUCGUACUUCCUGUUGGUACUGGCGGAGGCUGUGUUACCUCUGGGCCGUUCAAGAACAUGACUGUCAAUCUUGGACCUGCCGCUCUCGAUCUCCCAGGAGGUGUCUCUGAGGCCAACCCCAAUGGCCCCCUGACCUAUAACCCCCGUUGCCUCAAACGCGAUCUCACCACCGACAUCAACCUUUCCUAUGCGAACAUCACCGCCGUUCUCUCCAACAUCAUCAACCCCCAGAAUGUGGAGGACUUCCAAAUGCAGAUGCAGGGAGUCCCUGGCUCAGGCAACAUUGGUAUCCACGGUGGUGGUCACUACGCUCUUGGUGGAGACCCAGGAAGAGAUGUCUUUACCUCCCCAGGCGACCCUGCCUUCUACCUCCACCACUCCAUGAUUGACCGAGUGUGGUGGAUGUGGCAGAUGCUGUCUCCUCAAGAGCGUCAGUAUGGCGACAUCGCCUUGAGCGGCACCAACACCUUCCUGGACCAACCUCCCAGUGCCAACACCACUAUGGACGACCUCUUGGAGUAUGGGUGGGUUGGUGGUGAGCCGCUGAAGAUCAGAGAUGCCAUGAGCACGGUUGCCGGGCCUUUCUGCUAUGUCUACUUGUGA